AUGCCAAAAAAAAGAUCUGUCUGUUUGUCCAAAUGUCCGGAUGUCUACAAUUUUCCAAACAAGGGGCAUAAGCAGGUUGAAAAUGCUCUGAAAGUUGAGAAACAUGGCUUAAAAAUCAGGAUUUUUGAGGCUGGCGCGCCGUCGGCGCAUCGGCGCCAUAUCAAAGAAUCAAAUAUGUCCAUGUCCACAACUCAAAUUGCAAUUCUAACGUCUUCUGAAUAUGCCACGUCAUCUGAACCUUCAGAAGAUCAAUGGAUUCUGAAUUCACUAGCCGAAGCGGUCCCAUGGACCAUUGGAAUCGUUAUCACCUUGUUUAAUUUAAUCGGAAAUUUCGGAAACUUCAAUGUUAUCAUUGCCACCUGGCGGAGCAAGAAUCUACAGUCAAAACAUGGUUGGCUCCUCGUCAUCCUCUGCGCCGAGCACUCGAUGUGUCUAUUUUUCGAGUUUAUCAAUGUCUAUUUUGCACUAUCCGGGGUCCAAGUCACUCGAAGAUCCUGUCUUCUCUAUUUAACCCCUUAUAUUUUUAUCUCAUUUUUACAAUCGACCACUUUUAUCGCUUUGGCUAUAGACGUCCUAUUAUCCUUCACUAUUGUGAGCCGUUAUCAGAAGUGGCAAACUAUGGGUUACUGUACUUUCAUGGCUUUUAGUCCGUGUCUACUUCCAAUAGCCUUUUUGAUUCGACUUUGGAGUCAGAUGCAAAUGUGGAAUCACACGUUAGAAAAUUGGAUUCGCGAAACCAUCAGUUUUUGGGAAAAUGAAACUUGCUUGACUUUUCGAGAAGGAAUUUCCACGGUCAAGACUUAUAUGGUAUUCCGUACUUCUAGUCUAGGAUCUUGUAUCACAGAAAUCGGAAAAGCGACAGGGCUGAUUCAUCCAAUUGAAAUUUGCUCAUAUCAUCGAUUAUUUGGAGAUAUCAAUUGGUUACUAGUUGGAGCUCUAGGAGCCCAGGAUGAACUCAGACGAGCGGAUCGAGAUGAGUAUGUGAAUAUAACGGAAAUGCUACGCUACUCUGAAAUGAAUGAUUACGGUGUUGGCUAUGAUUAUGGAUCGGUUACACAUCAAAGAAGUGAUAUACUGGAUAUGUUGGAUUUGAAUUAUGAAUUAACCCAUGGACAGAGAGUUCGACCAUCAUUUGCGGAUAUUAAGAGGAUUAAUAAAGCGUAUUGCACUCGUAAGUGUUGUAUCUAUAGCUCAAGUAUCCUAUUUUAUAGACCAGCAAAAAAACUAUUGCACAAAUGA